CACGAAAAUAUUUUGAUUUCGCUCUCCUCGAAUUGAACAUCGUCGACAGCAACAGCAGCAUCAGCACAGCACCAGCAACAUGGCUGCGCUCUGGAGAAACAUGCUCGGCGCGUUCGAGCGCUCAAUGGCGCUGAGAAGUAGCAGCAGAACAACGACCUCCGUCUUCCGGCGACUCGCGUCCACCUCCGCCGCCUCGCCGUCGGUCUCCCUCGACUCGGCGCUGGCCUCCGCCUUCCCCGAAGUCAACACCACAGUCACGAACCCGACCCCCGAGCAGCUCGCAGCUGCUUUCAAACCGAGCAGUCAUCUUUAUCACUCGCUGCAGACGCCUCUCUACGCCACCGUCAAGCUUCACACGCACAAGUUCCUCGUCUCGGUAGGCGACACCGUCACGCUGCCGUUCCGGAUGAAGGACGUCGAGGUUGGAGAUGUUAUUCGCCUGACGCAGAUCGAGAGCCUGGGUUCCCGGAAGCUGACGUGGAAGGGCGAGCCAUUUAUUGAUGACGAGCGGUGUGUCGUCCGCGCAAGAGUGGUUGAGGAAACGAAGGAGCCGCUGAGAGUCAAGAUCCGCAAGAAACAGCGCACCAGACGGACGAAGCACAUCAAGAGCAAACACACUUUCACCGUCCUCACUAUCUCUGAAAUCGGAUACAACCCAUGAGUUGUAGUUGUUGUCGAUCGUUGUAAAUAGUUGUUAUCUAAUGUAUAUCUAUAAUUCAUCUCAACAAUUAAUGCUUUUCUACGACAUCUACGACGGCACAAUCAAGCUACACUGAAUAAAAUAUACAUCUACAACCCAAUGGCAGUAGCUGUAAUUAUUCUGUUAUUCUAAUGAAUAUCUACCAGUAGCUGUAAAUAGUCUGUUCUAAUGUACAUCUACUCAUAUCUGUAAUAGCGUCACAAUUCAUUCAUUAAACAAAGCUUUUCUACGACAGCACAAACAAACAACACUGAACAAAAGCAAAACAUAUACUAUACAUGCAAACAAUCUAACUCCAAAAUAA